GGGGUUUCCUGAUGUUCACGUGCGUUCUAUUUCUUUUUAAUUAGGUUAUUAACUAAAUGAGAGAUUUUAAAAAUGGAAACUAGCCUAUGAUUUUCAACUGACACAUUCCAUCGCUUCCACGUUUCAGUUAUGGGUCAUAUGCUUCACUUAAGGGAAACCUCGACGUUCAUAAAUUUAAAGAUUAACUUUCAAUCCAAGUUCAGGAUGGAAUGAGAAGGCAUGUUUUAUGUAGACAACAUGCAAACCCCUGAGCAGUAGGUGGCAGCAUGCGCCAUUUUUUAAAAAUAAAUUCUGCCAAAAAUAAAGGUAGCGAACUACUUUGCACUACUCCACUGCAGUAGGGGGCGGUGUUAUUCUUCCGAUUCCAGUUUUAUUCUGAAAUUACCGAAGUAGAAUGUUCUCAUAGAGCAAGUAAACGUGUGUGAUGAGUGUAUUUUGUCAUUGACUGAAAACUGUCAAAUUAAAAAUUGAAUUCAGUCGUUAUUUUAAAAUAACUAGAAAUGGCUAGUGACUGCCCACUGAAGUUGUCAAAAAAUCUACUUCGGAUGAAGUUUAUGCAGCGGGGCCUUGAUGCUGAGGUCAAGAAGCAAUUGGAAGAAGAAGAAAAGAGGAUAAUCAGCGAUGAACAUUGGUACCUGGACCUUCCAGAGCUGAAAGCUAAGGAGAGUUUUAUCAUAGAAGAAAGAAGCUUUGUACCCUGUGAAGACUUGAGGUUUGGAAGAAUGUCAUUCAAAGGCUUCAAUCCUGAAGUUGAGAAACUCAUGCAGUUGAUGAAUGCACACAACCGGAAUGAAGAUGAGGAUGAAGAGGAGGACUUCAGCAGAAUGGAAACUGACAUUACAGAUGAAGAAAUGGCAAACAGAUACGUCAGCUUGGUGGAGAGCAUGAAAAGAAAAUUUGCAAGGAAACGAGAGCGGUCAGCCAUUCAGGAGGAGGAGGAAGUUAGCAAGGAAAUAGGACCAACCAAAAAGGCCUUUUUAAAGCCGCAAGAUUAGCAAUCUGUCCAGCCAAUGUUUUUCAACUACCAGAACCAUUUUUGCCGCUGCCAGUCAUUUAAUGUGGCCGUGGGGAAUUAGGUAUUUGCAGUUGCAUGUUUAUCACUUUAUUGUAAAUGAGUUCUUAUGAAAGAUGUUUAAUGGAUGUUAUACAUCUUAAUGACUUAAUGUCAUAUAGCUUAGGUUAAAAUAUUCAAAUCACAUUUUGUUGUUGUAGUUUUUUUUUUCUUUUUCUGUGUGGACCCUGUUACAUGAGUCCCAGUUUAGCUAAUCCUGAAUUUUCACAUUUGAACUUAAGCUGAAGUUUUUGUUUUUAUUGUGGAAUGGAGUUACUCACCUCCCAUCCAGGCUGUUUCCCUGUCUGGUGCCCUAAUCUGGGAUAGGCUUCAGGAAUCACCAUCAGACUACUGGAUACGAUGUUGGAGGCUGGUUGCUCAGCUUUAUGUGUUAAAUCUGAGUCUUAUUUGUCAUUUUAUCGGAAACAAAGCUGGUUUUGUAAAACUGUGUGAUACUUGACAUGACAUGUGUGCGCAUGCAUGCGCAUGCAUGCGCAUGCAUGUGUCCUGAGAUGGACUGGUAUCUAGUUCAGAGUACCUCCCCUGCCUCGUACUAUGAACUACCUAAGAUAGGCUUCACACCCCUUGCCACCUUGACAUGGAUGGAUGGAUGGAUGGAUGGAUGAAUGAGAGAGAGAGAUGUACACUUUGGGACGUUUUGUGAAACCAAUGUGGGGGGGAAAAAGUUUACCUUUGUUUUUUGAUAAAAAAUGUCUUUUAAACCGUAUAAUAAAAAAAACAAGGGGAAAAGCUUAUCCACUGUGAUAUUUAAUAUUUUCUCUUAGUGUCUAUGAAAAUCCGUUGCCUUAAAUGGUGGUUAUUGGACUGUGUGAAAUGGAUUAGGUCAUCUCCCAAACACACUAUAUCUUACACAUCACCUUAUAUCUGUUCUUCAAUCAAACUAAGUACAUCUCUACACAAAUUAUUUUAGUACAAAUGCCCAGUAAAUCAAAAAAAUUAAGGAAUAGUUAGAAUUAGUCCUUUUUUCAAGCUUUGUUUCUGUGAGCUUCAAUGAAGCGGUUGGGUGGCAAGUGAUUGUGCUACAGACUGUGCCUUGAAUUUUGGAUCCUUAGAGUGUAUAUGCAGCCUUGUUGUUUAAAGGAACAAGUCUUUUUUCUAACAAGAGAUUAAACUUGUCUUUCAAAA